CUGUGGGCAAGUCCACGUUUGAAAGGCUUCUCAGUAAAACAUUUCCAGAAUGGCAAAUGGCUACAGAACCUGUGUCAAAAUGGCAACAAGUUCUAGCUUCCAAUACCAGAGAGGCCUAAUCAACCUCUGCCGACGAGCAAUAGUAGCACUUUUCUGUGAAGUACCACAACCCAGCAGGGGACAACGCUUGCUCUCCGUCUUCAUGAUAAACUCCAUGGAGUAAUUGGGGCCUCGUCUUCUCAGAAUGUUGGUAACCUACUUCAAAUGGUUUAUCAGGAGCCUUCUCGGUGGUCCUAUACGUUCCAGACGUUUUCCUGCAUGAGUCGACUUAAGGCCCAGCUGGAGCCCCUAUCAGAGAAGCUCUUGAAGACCCAGGAGCCAGUGCAGAUUUUUGAAAGAUCUGUAUACAGUGAUAGGUAUAUCUUUGCUAAGAAUCAAUUUGAGAUUGGUUACCUGGCUGAAAUUGAAUGGACAAUUUACCAAGACUGGCACACCUUCCUCCUUGAAGAGUUUGGGGACCGAAUUGCUCUGCAUGGCUUUCUGUAUCUCCAGGCAACUCCAGAGAAAUGUCUAGAGCGGUUGCGCCAACGGGGGAGGCCUGAGGAGAAGGACAUCCAGCUGGAGUAUCUGGAGCAGCUUCACACUCAGCAUGAAAACUGGCUUGUAAAGAAAACCACAGAGGUCCACUUUGAAAACCUAAAGAAUGCUCCUGUCUUGGUGCUUGAUGUCAAUAGUGAUUUUGAAGAUGACCCAGCUGAACAAGAAGAACUCAUUAGGAAGGUGUCUAGGAACCACAAUUGUGGACCAAGAAUCCAUUGUGCUAGGUGCUGUACAAACACAGAAGAGAGUUUUGGUAUUAAUCUACAAAUUUGACACUGUUUCCCUGGGCUUGAACAAAGAUGUUAACUGGAUGUCACAUUAUAAAGCCAGUCUCCCCUGCCUCUAAACUGCAUUUUCACAUCAAAAGCCAAGAAUGGGACACUUGCAGCUCAAUUAGCCUCAUUAGCACUGGUCCUACAGUUGACAGGUACUCCCCUCCUCUUUUUCCCCCCCCCACCCCGUUCUCCAUCUCAUCAUCUGAUGAGCUUGCGUGAGCAAAAUCCGCUUCAUGAUACUCUCUCUAUAUUUGUUAGUCUCUAAGAUGCCACAGGACUACUCAUUUUUGAAAGUUACAGAAGAUAGUAUUAUUCUAUUCCCAUUCCCACAAAAGGAAGCUUAUAUUUUCUGGUAAAGGCUUUUAUAAAGACUCUGUGACCCGAAGCUUUGCCAUCUCUCUCCACUACUAGUUCAGGAUUUCUUAUUUAUUUGUGACCAGCUUUCACUUGGUUAUGCUCCUGGCCAUUAAAAGAUAAAACAAUCUGUGUCAAAUUUGGAAGGCCAAAAGUAUAAUGGAGGUAUUUUAGUGAAUUACACUUGAAUCCUGUGUUUCUCUUCCAAAACAAAUGUUAUUCUUCCAGGGAGGGAGAAGUCUUGUAUAAUCACCCAUGAGCAACCUGACAAUAGCCACCCAUGUACAUGGGUCUAAUGGAAAGAAGAUUAACUGUCUCAGAAAAUUAAUUUUCUGAUCUUCCAAAGAUCAAUAGGGAGAAAUGAUUUUAGAUGUUAUGAAGAAUCCCUUCCAUUCAUGCAACAGCUUAAGUAUUUCAAAUGUGCUUUCCUUUCAUUGCUGAAGGAGAUGUGCAGAAACUCUUCUAUUCCAUUACAUGCUAAAUGCAGCCAUUGGUGAAAAUGAGGGUGUUAUAAAGAAUUACAGGAAACAAUGGUCCUGGUUCACCACUGCACCUGUACAAAGUGAAUGUAAUAUGCUACCAAAUCUAUGUCAGCAUUUCACACCCAUUUUGCGCAAGUGGUAUUUUUGUGUCAAUAGAGAACAAAGACCCAACAUAUCCGUUUUUGGCUCUUCUAAUACAUUCUUCGUAGUAGAAGGCAAAGUCUUAUUUAAUGUUAAGCCAGCUUCUCUUAUUAAGUUUGCAAUUUACUUGGCGUAUUUUUCUACAUCUUGGGCCUAAUAAUGAUUUACACUAGUAUCGUCUCAUAAGCUAGACAGCUGCUGGAUCAUUGAGCCUGUCCUGGAUCAUUGAGCCUGUCCUGGUAGAAAGAAUAUGGUAUGCCAUUUUGAUAUAUUGUCUGAAAAGUUUUUAAUAGUUUACAUUUUAAAGUGAGUCUAAUAAUUUAGAAUAGGGGACUGGAAAUCAGGACCAGUUGGGUUCUAUUAUCACUCUCAUCACUGUAUUGGUCUCUUACUUCAUGCAAGUUGUUAUUUAGCUUCUUCAGCAUUUAUAAAAUCCUCAAAUGCCUUUCAUCUGUACAUAUAAUAUGCAGAAUGGAUCCUGGUUUAAUACUUUGCAAAAAGAUAGUUGUUUGGCAAACUGUUCUUCCCUUACCUUUCAACCUGGCACCUUGGAUGGGCUAACAUUAGUGCAGUUUACCUGGAAUAUUAACUGGACAUUGUGGAAGCUAAGAAGAGAAGAGAGAAAAUAAGACGUGAAUUUUAGUGGGAAGUUGGCUGCCUUGUAAGUCCCUUUUGAAAAUCUCAUCUGGAAUGCUGCUGUGUCACAAAUUUUGCUUUGUCUGUCUAGCUCCCGCUUUCCUCUGAGUAAAACCUUUCCUUGCUGAAACAUAGCUGAAUGUACAGGCAGUCCCCGGGUUAUGUACAAGAUAGGGACUGUAGGUUUGUUCUUAAGUUGAAUCUGUAUGUAAGUCGGA